AAAAAAAAAAAGUUUUUCUUUUAUUAUUCUUUUUUUUUUUGACUAUCAGUUAUCGAUGUCUGCUCAACAACCCAAAGACGAUCAAGAAGCCAAGAUCAUUCAGCAAGAAGGUCUCAAGGCCCAACUUGCUCAGUCUGUAGAAGCUCAAGCCCUUAAGGUCCGUCAAUUGAAGGCUGACAAGGCUGACAAGACAGAGAUUGACAAGGAAGUAGAAGCCUUACUUAGUCUCAAGAAAGAAUUGGCUCUUUUAGAAGGCGACAAGAAGGCUGACAGUGGUAAAAAAUCUACUAAGCCUGCCAAGACUAGUUUUACUUUAAAGACGGCCAAGGUAAACAAUACUCCCUCCCCCAUGAUGUUACUUAGAUUUGAAACAGGGUACCAAAGAUUACAAUGACAAAGAUAUGGCUAUUCGUGAAAAGGUCUUUAAUACUAUCACCAAAGUCUUCAAGAAACACGGUGCUGUCACUAUUGAUACACCUGUUUUUGAACUCAAGGAAAUCCUUGCUGGUAAAUAC